UCCAAUUCGGUCAACAGCUCACACCUCUCUUUGUUGGGCUUCUGACUCAGAAACCGGAAAAAAACAAACAAACAGCCCAAAACAUCAAAAAAUGGGAAACAACGCAAGUGCGCAAGUCGGAACCCAUCUCUCAGCAACGAGUGCUCACUCGGAGCCGCUAAAGUCCCACGACCAAGAUGCACACACCACCAUGCGUCGGUCGCGCUCGUCUCCCAACGCGGGCAAAAAGCAGCAGCAGCGCCUCGGCGGAUUAUCAACGACGAAAAGCGAGAGCAGUUUCUUGUCGCGGCUAUCCCGCACCCACAGCACCAAGAACUCGCAUACUAACACCAGCACCAGCACCACCAGCAGCACCAGCAGCAGCCGUUCCAGUACCAAACGCAGUAAAGCACCAACCAGCCCAAACGAGCGCACUGCAGCUCCCACUUCACGCUUGUCCAAGAGUCGCUCAACCGUCAACGUCGUUGCCGCCAACGCCAAUGAGCCCGCAACCUCCAUAACCUCGGUAAUCUCAACCACAACCUCAGCGCCAAUUUUGUCGCCAGUUCACGCCCCACCUCCAACGACCCAAUCGUCCCGGCCAAACCGCUCCAUCCUACUCGGUCUCAACUCGUCCCGACCCCCGCGCGCCACCACCGACGCUUCUGGCGCCACCCAUCAUGGCGUGCGCUUUGCAUCCGACUGCAACAACACGGAAGACGUUGCGCACAGCAACAACACUGGCGACACCUGCAACAGCGGUGGUGUCGGCAAGAUGCAAACCCCUCCUGUCAAAAGUAGGAAGCAUAGCACAGCCUAUCAUUCUGCAUCAGCAACAAGUCCCUCGUCCCCUCGCCGCCGUUCCUCUAAAACCCGCUCAGACCAGCAGCAGGAACAAGAGAAGGUGCAUCAACCCCGUGGGACGAGUGACGGGCACUUGGCGGCCUUGCCCUCGACAGCGACGGCACAUCCAACCGACGCAAACCACAUGAACGCCCCCGCACUUUCCACGCUGCUGCGCGUUCCAAAUGGCGGGCAUUUUGCGGCUUCUGAAUCCUCAAGCAGCCUUGAUGCAAACACAAACAGCAGUCGAUCGGCGCCCCUGAGCGAGUCGUGGUCGCUGGCAACACAAGAGACAAGCUGUGCGCGAGAUGCAAGCUGGUCCGGACCGAUCGGAGGACGUUUGGAGGACCUUCCUACUGAUUCGCAAAUGGGUCCAAACUCGGAUGGCGGAUCUGGACACAGGCAUUCUUCAUUUUCUCUUUCGUCUUUUCUCGAGACCUUGACAUCGGCGGGCGCUACAGGCGGCAGCAUUUUAACAACCAUCGCCAGCGUCAGUAGCCAACAAGCCACAGACACCGACGACAGUGCUCAGCAGCAUUUGCAAGCUACUAGUUCCAGUGACUCAGAGCACCCGCAUUCGCCAACCAGCGACCGUAAGCCGCAGAGAUCGAUUUUGGUGCAAACGUCAGACCAAGCUGAAUUUUCCACCUCGGCGCUCCUUCCUCCUCCUUCUUCAUCAUCAUCAUCUUCUUCUUCUUCUUCUUUGCUCCAUCCCCCAGCUUCACUCGCUUCCUCGACCGCUUCCGUGUCAAACACUGCAGCUUCGAGCGUCUCUCUGGUCACCGCGGCAAGCGUUCUUUCCAGCGAUCACGACAUUUCUCAGCGACACCACGCAUCCUCCGUGCAGCACUCCCUCACCACCUUGCCCGACCACUCUACUCCGGCCCAUCCAUCAAACAUGACCUCCGUCGCUCAGAUUGCGUACCACCACAGCCACCAGCAGGAGCACCACUCCCACCAUCACACGCAGCAGCAUUGGUGGACGUUUCGAUUCGCCAAAAAAAGCCGUCCGGACACCACCUUGGACACCAUCUCAGAUACACCCAAGCGCCUGUCCUCCACCAAAGCAGGCAGCCUGAAGGACGAUGGCGGGGAGGCGGUCACUCCCAAGCACCAGCAGCAACGCCCGGCAAAGCUCUCGAUCGGCAACCGUGCUCUGCGCUUCUUGGGACGCCCAGUCACGCCCCCAACCACUCCCAAGCCGCAUGGUCGUCGCAAGCGCCACGGCAAUAACAACAACAGCAACAGCAAGUCGCUGCAAACUUCUCAAAACUUGCAGAGCAGCGUGUGUUCGGACGAGCUCACGCGCGGCAGCACCACCACCGACGAGUGGGAGCGCCUUUCGAUGGACGACGAGGCCAGCGGCGUGCACAUGUCGCGCAUUUCUGCCGUGGACUACGCCCAGCACGACGGCAUGUCCAUCCACCACGACCACCGCGAUUUGGACAAGAGCCAGACGGAUGAGCACACCCAGCGGGGCCGGAAGAAGCGCUGGUGGCACACAUUCACGCGAUCAACCACGCGACAUGGUUCAUCGAGCACCGACUCUGGCCACUCGAGCGAAACCUCGUCUCUUGCAUCGAUCGAAGGCAGUGGCAAGAACACGUGGAAUUCUCGCAGCAUGCGCCAGAAGAAGCCCGCUCGUCGCGGCGUCGUCUCCUUGUUCUACGAGCACGACAUUGCCACCCCUUCCGCCUCGGGCAGCUCGAACAUGCACACGAGUCACUCGGAAGGCUCGAGCCCCAUGGAGGACGUUGCCCACGCGCUCCAAGUGCCUGCCCUGCUCGGCGAAGCAAUGGGCAGCAAUGCUACUGCUGCUACUGCUGCUGCUGCUGCCGCUGCUUUGCCUGUCGCCAACGCGAGGGCGAUGAUGGAGCUGCCGCUCGAAGUUGUGAGCCCAAUGGAGACGAGCUUUGGCCCAGAUUCGCCACCCCUUGUCGAGCAAAGUCAACCAGCAGGCAACGCAAUCCGAAAGCCAUCUCUGGAGCAGCGCAAGCAAGCCGUCAUGAGCAUUGCCGAAGUGGCCGAGCCGCUUGUUUUGACGGUCAACGCCGCGACCGCAACUGUUGUUGAAUCUCACGACCAGCCCGAGACUGCCGUCGGUUCCAAGCUUCCUGCUGCCUCCACCACGAGCAUGCCAGGCUUGGACAGCAUUUCGAUCGUGGUCACCGAGCCUGCUACCUCGACCAAGCUCCGUGUGUCCGUUUCCGAGCCGUCUGGUGUUUCCUCCCCGCGCCCAGUCUACUCUGUUGCACGCCAUGUCCUUGGGUUUGCCGUCGACCCCCGCUUCCCUGAGCUGUCCACGCCUGGCUCGACGCUGAGCGCUCGCGGCCGUCGUGUGGGUCGCUCAGCCAGCCCUGCCGUGCUUCGGAGCCUCACGCCCAACUGCGCCACCCCCGAGCAGCAAGCAGCUCAGUUUGGCAAGCUGUUCGUGGUGCCUUCUGCACCCAUCGCCGAGGAAGCGGAAGAGCUUGACGACGAGGUCGUCGAUAGUCAUGUUCUUGUGGCUGACACGGUUGUCACGCACGCGCAAGUCCAGCUCCAAAAGACGCCGCUCCCCGUGGGUUCCGAAUCGCCACAGCAGCUGCCGGUCACCGCACCUCGCGUCGCAACCAGCAAUGCCAACCUUUCGAUGGCCGAUUUCCAGGUCUUGGCGUUGGUGGGCACUGGAUCGUUCGGCCAAGUGUCGGUCGUGCGCCAUCGCGCCACCAAGGAGCCGUUCGCAUUGAAGGUUAUUCAAAAGCUCCCCAUCGUCGAGCAGGGCCAGGACGAGCAUGUCCUGGAAGAGCAGCGUUUGCUCUUGCGCACCGACACGCCGUUUGUGGUCACCCUGUUUGCCACCUUCCAAGACCGCAAGGCCCUCUACUUUGUGCUCGAGUACCUGAACGGCGGCGAGCUCUUUACGUAUCUGCGCGAGGCCCUGCGCUUUACCAACACGACUGCCAAGUUCUACGCAUCGGAGGUUGUUUGCGCGAUUGACUACCUGCACUCUCAGGACAUUGCCUACCGUGAUCUGAAGCCGGAAAACAUUCUGCUCGACUCGUCUGGUCACAUCAAGCUCAUCGAUUUUGGCUUUGCGAGGACGAUGAGGGCGACCGAUCGUACUUGGUCGUUGUGCGGCACCCCAGAGUACCUGGCCCCCGAGAUUAUCCUGAACAAGGGCCACGGGCGUGAGGUGGACUGCUGGUCCAUUGGCGUGCUCUUGUACGAAAUGCUGUUGGGCUACCCACCGUUCCAUGGCUCGAACAAUGUUGAAAUGUACGAGAACAUCAUCACGGGCAAGUACAGCUUCCCCGACUGUGUGCCAAUCUACUCGCAGGCGCGCUUGCUCGUGUCCCAGCUCCUGGUCUCGUCGAUCUCGCGCCGAUUGACCAUUUCCGAAAUUAAAAACCACAGCUGGUUUGAAGGCGUCGACUGGGAGGUGGUCAAGCAGCGCACUCGCACCCCGCCCUUCAUCCCGCCGGUCGAAAGUUCCGAAGAUACAUCCAUGUUCUGCCCCUGUGACGAUGCCCAGGAAGAGAUGCAAUGGGAGCUUUGGCGCAGGGAGACUGCUUCCCUCGGCGCCGCCGUCGAGGACAAGACAGAGACCGAAUGCUCCGACCUGUCCGAAGGAAGCACCGAUGACUGCUUGAGCGAGCUGAUUGAGCAAGCGGCCAGUGACGUGUACGACCCGCUUGCCCAGGCCCGACACGACCAUCUUCGCUCGCUGCAGUCGCAGGCCUCGAUGCCAGGCCUCGAAGCUGUUACGCGACUCCCGGACAAGCCGGGAUUUGACCUUUCGCUCGGCAGCGACACUGACGAGCAGAUGUGUCGUGAGCAUGCCACACGAACAGUGCAAGACUUGCAGCAAGCCAGUCGACGCCAGCGUCGCAAGGAGCGCCAAGAGCGACGCGAGCAGCUGUUUGCGCAGUUUGACAGCGUCAAUCCCCGAUUUGCCAAGCAACUGCAGCUGCUGUAAAGUUUCGCUUUGAAAGCAUUGGCGGUCAGCCCAGUGAUGUACUUGUAUUGUAGUCUAGAUUUGUUUUCGUUUGCGUUGUUCCGCUUUUCGUUGCUUUUUUUGGUUGAUGUUUGCUUGUUUGCGUGUUUGUUUGUUUGUUUGUUUGUUGGUUUGUGUUGCGCGUUGUUGCUGUUCAACCAUUUAUCGUCCUGUCUCCUCGGACAGCAUGUUGUAGAGGAAGAUUGCUUCUCAGUGUACUGAUUGUCUCUGAGCGAAAUAUAAGAUUUUGUGGA